AAACAUAGAUAGACUAGUUCUUGUAAAAAUAAGAAACGCAUGUAUCAUCAUCAUAAACGUUCCGGAAAAGAUUAUGCAACACAUCAAGAGCACACACCAUUAAAUAUAUAACUAUCAACUGAAAGCAAACACCAACUAUUAUAAUUUAUACUUGUAUAUAUAUGUGUGAAUUUUCAUUGUAAUGUACAACUGUGUUCAUCACAAUGGCAUCAUGGCUUCUUUUUCUUGGCUCACUUCUCCAAUUAUUCACAGGAUCCAAAGCUGCCGUCUUUACGUUGCAAAACAGGUGUAAAGAAAUCAUAUGGCCCGGAGCCUUGUCAGGAGCUGGCCAUGCUCUACUCAUAAACGGCGGCCUGCAGCUCAAACCAAAUGAGAAAGCCAGUGUUGUAGCACCCUUCGGGUGGUCGGGCCUAUUCUGGGCCCGCAGUGGCUGCACAUUCGACCUAUCGGGCAAGCAGGGGAACUGCGCCACAGGCGACUGUGGUGGCCUCCUGCAAUGCAGUGGCACUGGCGGGAAGCCCCCGGCUUCCCUGGCGGAGUUCACUUUAGACAGCCCGGAAGACUUUUAUGACGUCAGCCUUGUCGAUGGUUUCAACAUGCCCAUAUCCAUUAUCCCGUCUGGUGGAUCGGGUAACUGUUCAGCCGUGGAGUGCAGCUCCAACUUGAACCUGCAAUGUCCGGAGCAAUUGCAGGUGAGGGUCAAUGGUGGUGGAGACACGGUGGCUUGUAAGAGUGCUUGCUUGGCUUUCGGUCAGCCUCAGUUCUGCUGCACAGGGGCCUACAACAAUCCACAGGUUUGCAAGCCCAGUCAUUAUUCAGAGGUUUUCAAGAAAGUGUGCCCCACAGCUUAUAGCUACCCGUACGAUGAUGCCACUAGCAUUUUCACCUGCAACGGGGCUAAUUAUUCGAUCAUAUUUUGCUGAAACAUACAAUGUUAGCUUAAAUCUAAAGCAUGGAAUUUAGCGUUAUGGUAGGAUAUUAAUUGUAUCAGUGGAAACGGAUAUAAAAGAAAUGUCACAUGAAAUGUUGGUGAUAGUUAGUAGCUACAUGAAUUCAGAAUCUCAAUUAAUGAAAGGAAACAGUCAUUUAUCAAUAAAACAGGAUGAAAUAUAAUUCA